CAGCCAUUAUCUGGGAGCGCGGCGCGCCGGGCGCGGAGCCGGGCGCUGGGCCGCCUCACCGGCUCUCCGAGCCCGUGGCCCCGCCGCUGCGCGGGGGUGGGGCCGCCAUGGCGGCUUAGCCUCGCCCCCACCCUCCCUUUCCUCCCCGCUACGGUCGCUGAAGGCGCGGCGGCAGUGCGGCCUAGCCGGGAGGGCGGAUCCUCGGCCUCGCGUAGCGGCUCCUGCCCGCGGAGGGCCGCCCUCCUCGGGGGGCCAUGUCCCUGGUGGCCUAUGCCAGCAGCGAAGAGGAGAGUGAUGCGGAGGAGGCCGGGGGCGAGGAGGAGGAAGCCGCCGCUCCUCCUGAUGAGGCAGCACAGCAGCCGCCGGCCCGGGGGCUCUUCGCCACCUUGCCUCCCCCGAAAGCCCCCGUGAUGCCCCCGCUGCCUCCGCCUCACCAGCCGCUGGGCAGCGGCUUCCCCCUGCUACCGCCGCCCCACGGCGGGCCGCCCCCUCCCUUCCUUAUGGGCCCCCCGCCUGGCAUGAGGGGCUUCAGCACCCCCCCGCCGGCCAUGAGCCCGGGCCAGGCCGCGGCCGUCAGCCUGCCCGAGCCGGCCGCCAGCGGGAACGGGAGCGGGGAGCAGCCCAGGCUGGGGGGGCUCCUCUUGCCUCCCCCGAGGAAUGCUACCACCACGACCGCUGCCUCUACCCUCAGCCUACCCCCUCCUGUCUCGGCCUCUGCUGCUCUGCCCGGCGCUGGGGUGGAUUUGAGCCUCCCCAAGCCAAAGAAGAGGACAGAGCCGGUGCGGAUCACGGCGCCCGAGUUGCACAAGGGAGAUUCAGAUUCAGAGGAAGAUGAACCAGCAAAGAAGAAAAACACACUUCAGGGACGCGGCGAGGGCUCUGGCUUGUCUGCUUUGCUUCCUCAACCCAAAAAUUUGACAGUGAAAGAGACCAAUCGGUUACUUUUGCCCUACGCUUUCUCGAGGAAAGCGGGAGAAAACGCUUCUGACUCAAAGCCGGCUAAAGCCCCGACCUCUUCCUCCAAAACAAAACCUCUGUCCAAGCCAGCGGUGCCCACCACUCCUUCUCCGUCUGCUAUCAAAGCCGCUGCCAAGAGUGCUGCCCUGCAGGUAACCAAGCAGAUCACGCAGGAAGACGACGACAGCGACGAAGAGGUCGAACCAGAGAACUACUUCUCCUUGUCCGACAGGAGCGAGCCCAGCCUCGUGGGUGCCGAGGCGUACAUGUACUCUGGCACGGUGGUGUCAGAGGACCCCCCGCCCGGGACAGAGACAGAGCCCCAGUUCCAGGACGCUGCUGCUAACGCCCCUCUGGAGUUCAAGACGGGCGCGGGCUCCAGCGGUGCUCAGCACAGCUGGGCACCCAAACCGGGAGAAGACUACGGCAGCCAGACGUACAGCCAGUUCCCUGCCUACAGCGAGGCCGGCAUGGCUGGUGCAUAUUAUCAGGAUUACUACAGCAGCGGCUACUACCAGGAGGUGGAACCGGCCCAGGCACCGCCGCAGGAGAUGAGCACCGACUCCUCCUUCAUAGACGACGAAGCGUUCAAGCGCCUGCAAGGCAAGCGGAACCGAGGGAGGGAAGAGAUCAACUUUGUGGAUAUCAAAGGUGACGAUCAGCUGAGCGGAGCCCAGCAGUGGCUGACCAAAUCCUUAACGGAGGAGAAGACCAUGAAAUCGUUCAGCAAGAAAAAAGGAGAUCAGCCCACGGGACAGCAAAGGAGGAAACACCAGAUCACAUACCUGAUCCAUCAGGCGAAGGAAAGAGAACUGGAACUGAAAAACACAUGGUCUGAAAACAAGCUCAGCAGACGUCAGACUCAAGCCAAAUACGGAUUCUAACACCUCUGUCCCGCUUUUUGGCUGUCGUCCCAGGUCAGAGCUUGCAACAGAGGUGAAAACGCCCCGAGUGUGGAACACACAAAGCAGUGAGGAUCUCUUGCCCAGCACGAGGCGCUGCUGAGGGCUUUUGGAUAAACGUGAUCGUUGUGUGUAUGUACAUUUCUCUUCCUUUUGGUUGGGUUUUUUUCUUUUUUUCUUUUUUUUUUUUUUUCCCUCCCCUUGACCCAAGGCCUCCAGCGCUGUACCAGGCUGCUCUCCAGACUCGUGGAACUGAGUAUUCCCAGCGUCACACGGUGCAGUGCAGCUGGCAGCGAGCUCGGCGAGUGAAGCAGCAGUAUUUCCUCUCAGCAGACACAGAUGAAGGCUGCCAACUGUACUUUUUUUUUAUUUUUUUUUUUUUUCCCCCCAGCUUGUUUGUAUCAAUUCUGUUUCAAUUAAGUGUUAACUUUACCCUCCUGGCUGGGAAGAGGAGACCAUAUCCGGCCUUAACUUUUUAAAGUGAAAUCUUUCUUUUAUUAAAGUAUUAGGUCUAGGUGAUAAUGACUGCAAAUCAUGUGCAGCCUUUGGUGGCCAGAUCCAUGGAUCUUUUAGCCAAAUCUCUGUGGCCUCACUUAGUUUGUUGUUCACCAAAGGGUGUGAUGCCGAAGGGAACAGAGAGCUGGUCUGGUUAUUUAACUUACAUUCCCACCACUACGGGUUAUAUUUGUUGUAACCACAGCUAAACCAGCUAAUAUUUGUUACUCCGUGUAGAAAAACUCCCAAGAGGUUGUUUUUCUCCCGUGUUAUCUGUUUUAAAAAAAAAAAAAAAAGCAAACAAACCCCCAUGAAUGAAGUCUUUCCUUAGAGUAUUUUAAAAUAAUCUGAUUUCUAGUUUAGUUCCCUGGAUGUUUUAGUACUUUGCAGAGCCUGUUUUGAGUAUUUGAAUGACCGGAAUAAAGUUACUGUUGAGUAAUUUAUUCAUAUAUGUACAGCGAAAUCCUCCAAAAAGAGAUUUGAUAAAGGAAUAAACUUUUAAAUGAA